AUGGCGCAACCAUUAUCAAGAUCCAACGACCGAUGCGGCGAAAUCGCGAGUAGAUUGUGGUGGUUCCAACUCUUUGCCCUCUUUGAUUCCGGCCUUCUACUUCCAGCGGCGCGCUUCCUCGUUUCGUCCCCGCCCCCGGAGGGAAGGCGGACGAAACAAUUCUCCAAAGACGACCAGCCGCGAUACUAUGCCAUCAUGGUCGCCAUUGGCGAUUCCGCCGGCUGGCGAAAGGCAGGCAUCGUCGCCGCCUCCUCGACAUGGGCCCUCUCCAUCGUCACGCUGAUCCUGCUCAUCAUCUCGGUGCACCGCCUCGGCUCCGGCUCCGUGUUCACGACGACCGUCAUCUUCGACGGCAAGUGCAGCGACACCAACGUGAUCAACACGGCGCUGCACGCGUUCGUCAACAUCGUCGCCUCCCUCGUGCUCGCCUCCUCCAACUACUUCAUGCAGGUGCUGUCCGCCCCGACCCGCGAGGCCAUCGACGCCGCCCACGCCCGCGGCCGCUCCUCGAGCUCCGUGCCCCUCCACCUCUUCUUCAACAGUAGUGUCGCCGAGACCCGCACCUCGAGCGACUACUACAUGGUCCUCGCCACCGAGGCCUUUUUAGACGGCGCCGACUACGCCAUCCCCGGCGCCGGCUACAACGCCACCGCCUACUACGUCGAAUGGGCCAUCGGGCCCGACUGGCUCCACAACGACACGGGCUCCGAUGCCGAAAUCGCCCGCAUCGCUGCCGAGGCCCGCGCCUGGGCCCGCAUGGAGCUCGACGAGUGCCUCGACAUCUACAACAGCGUCGACGAGGCCCUCACCACCCACCGCCACGUCGUCGUCGUCGUCGCCGACCCGGACCAGCCCGACGCCGAGGGCUGGGACGUCGAGGACGACGGUAGGGUCAACUCCGUGUACGGCGCCCGCGCCGUCCAGCUCAGCGAGUCCCUCGUCGCCAGCCGGAAAGCCGAUUCCCUCGUCUGGGGCCCUGAAUCUCGAGGAGUUGGGGCCCGGCGCCCCGGCAACGUCACCGCCCAGUACUGCCUGUCCGAGCCCUUUGUCGCCCCCUGCGAAAUCCGCGUGCACAACCUCCUCCUGCUCAUCUCCUGCCUGUGCUGCCUGUUCAAGGCCUUUGCCUGCACCACCGUCGUCGUCUCCCGACCCCUCCACGCCCCGCUCCUCACCCUGGGCGACGCCGUCGAGUCCUUCCUCCGCAACCCGGACACCAGCACCCGCGGCAUGUGCUGGCUCGACCGCUCGGCGUCGUCUUGCACCAAUACUCGCCUACCCGGCCCCCGCUGGUGGGGAGCAGGAGCUCCAAGACCGGAUCAUCUGUGCCUUGGUAUCAUUGGCUGUUGGCCUACCGGCUUGCCCUCUGUUAAUAUCUCUACAACCACUUUCGGACCCAGCGCCCAAAAUCCUCUUCUCUCCAUCCUGCCAUACGAGACCGAGACCACGGGCAAUCUCCAGGUCGCCGCCUCCGUCACCAUGGCCGCCAUUGUCAACACCCCGCAAAUCCUCUUGUCCAUCGCCUAUCUCGCGUACAAUGGCCUCUUUACGCGCAUGCACGGCGAGCGCGAGUGGUCGUCAUACAGCGUCAAGUACAAGCCUCUGCGCGUCUCCUACGCCCGCGGGCUCCAGACCGUCGCGUACCGUCUGCAGCUGCCUUUUCGCUGGUCCAUCCCCCUCAUCUCUCUCAGCGCCCUCUUGCAUUGGUUGGUAUCUAACUGCUUGUACAUUCGCGACUCGAGGAUCCUACGCGUCUACGUUACCACCUCUUUCAAUGACGACCUGAUGUUCAGCCCUGGCAUCUCGAUCCAAUUUUACGACUACGACGAGGCCGGGGACGCGUACUUGAAACAUAUGGCGCGCGGAGAAAUCAAAUGGGGUGUUGUGUCCGGCGACGAGACCGCGUGCACUGAGAAGGACCCGGGCCACCUCGCCUUUGGGUCGCGGGCGCACGACGUCCGGGCACCGGUGCUAGGGAGUGAGCCUCAACCUUAG